AUGUUCUCAGUAAAGUUAAUUUUAAUUUUUUUGAGUUUUAAAUGUGUGCUAUGUCUGCAAAAACAACUUUGCUACAAUGAUGACGAGUGCCUCAUGAAUGCAGUGAUCGAGAGGGUGUAUCCAAGAUUUUUGGCAGGAGGAAACGGAGUAGAGACUUCUGAUCCUCUUCACAUCGACGCCAUUGUUACUGACCUGCCAACCCUCAGAUAUGGUUUAUACAAUGCUUCGAUAAUUGGCUUUAAGGACUGUGAAUUUGUGAAAUUGAAUAAUAAACGACUCAACACGUAUACGUACUUCGACUAUGCAAUAACAUGUCCAGUUCUUACUCUUCAAGCGCGGUAUGAGCUCAAUGGUAUUAUAGACUCAAUCCCGGUUGAAGGCAGGGGAAUAUGUAAAAUUGUUUACGAGAAAUACUACAUAUCUAUAAGCGGAAAACAUGAAAAAGUGAAGGAUGAUGAAGGAAAGGAACAUGUAAACAUUUUGGAAUACAAAGUCGUUCCCGAUCUGAAAAACGGGAGAGUACGAGACCCUGAAUACACAGACUUAACCUUUAGCCAACACGACAAAUGUAAGUAUUUAGUUCAUUCGUUGAAUAAUAUAAUAACACAUUUACAUGACGAUAUUUUGAAGGAAAUGCAAAGCAAUUUAGUAAGUCCAAUUAGAAAAAACAAAUCGUUUAAAAACAAUUUGUGUACUCUUUUUGGUUCAGAUUAUUGA